AUGGUCGAUUUUGACAUCAAGUCGCAACUGGAUCUGCUCAACGAUUACUUGGACAGAGAGAUGGAAGAAGUCAAAACCGAAUACUUCGUCAUCAAAUCCGAUAGCAUGGGAAGUGACGGAAAUCGCCCGACGUUUGUUGAUGACGAUGCAUCGACGUGCAUCGCAAACGGAUCGCAUUACGAUUGCUCGUGGCCGACGUACAAAGGCAACAGAGUUUCGUUUCCGCGGAUUGUAUCCAAGAAAAGGAGCAAAGCCAUAGAUAUCAUCGAUCCAGAGACCGGUGAAAAAAUACAAUUAUGAACGAAUGUCGAAAAAACUCAAUGGCUGGCAUAUAUUUGUUACCACGUUUUGCGUCCAAUAAAAAUUAUAUUAUUUUAUCCACCCAACCAAUUUGUAUACGGUUUACUACGUUUUUAUUGGCCUGCCGUAUUGUCGUCUACUCAUCUCGUAUUAUUGAUAUUAAAACAUAAAAAUGUCCGUAACUCGGCGAAUUGGAUAGGCAACUUCGCUACAUCCACACGUAAUCAGUUUCGAGGCAAACAAUCCGUUCCCGUAUUUUUCUUAAGUUUUAGACCAGUAAGGCAAUGGUAAAUUACACAUGGGUAUUCCGGAAUGAACAAUAAUACAUUUUAUUUUUUAUGAUGUAUUGACAUGUGUGCGCGUG